ACGUCAAUUCAUCCAACACCAACAUAUAUACAAAGAAAACACACAUUCUCUCGACCAAAAAUCCAUGGCAACUACUUCCACUAUAUUCAAUCAAGAAUUAAUGGAGAACUUCCACUACUCAAGAAGACUACUUCUAAUACCAACUACACUACAACAAUACCACCGCGAGACCACCGUGGCGCCGCCUCCGGCAACCGGAAUCAGCCACGACACAACAGAUGAUCAACCAUCAUUUGAUGCAAAUGUUGUGAUGGUAUUGUCUGUACUUAUAUGUUCCAUAAUUUGUUCACUUAUCGUGAACUACCUAAUAAAGUGUGCAUUGAGAUGCGUCAGCCGAGUAAUGGAAGACUCAUCCUCAAACCAUACAAACCCUUCUGUAGCAAAGCUAGCCAAUACAGGGAUCAAGACAAAAGCCCUCAAAACAUUCCCAGUUAUAACUUACACUAGAGAAAUAUUGAAAUAUCCGGGGGUUGGCGCUGAGUGUGUAAUUUGCUUAUCAGAAUUUGGAGUUGGAGAGAAAGUUAAGGUUCUGCCUAAGUGCAAUCAUGGCUUCCACGUCAAGUGUAUCGAUAAAUGGCUGAAUUCCCACUCUUCUUGCCCUACUUGUAGGCACUGCCUUAUUGAAACUUGCCAAAAAACUGUAAGCGGAACAACUGCAAUUCCAAACACUCAAGUAUCUACCAAUAUUACAACAUCGGCAGCAGUUCAAGAAAUCAUAAUAGGGAUUGAAUCUCUCCAACGUGAAGCUGUUAUAUCUAACCAUCUAAGUUAGUUAGAAAAAUAGUAGUAUCUAGAAUCUUAGCUUUAGUUUUGUUUCUUUCUUUUUUCUAGCUAGGAUGAGGCCAACGCCUGUGUACGUAGCUUCCAAUGAUUCUUUAGUUUUGCAAGUGUAUACACUAAUUAAUUUUUA